AUGGAUUCUUCCCAUAAUAUUGGAAAAAACGAGGAAUUAGAUAGUGAUUCAGAGAAUUAUAGCUCAAAUAAUUAUUCACACAGUAGCGAAUGUUAUAAUGGUAUUGAAAAUGUGGAAUCUGAUAGCAGGUGUGUGUCGGAAUCCGAGGAAAUAUUUGAAAUGUUCUCAAAGGGAGUAACUGAGAAUGAUUUCAAUGAAUUUUGCGAAUUAUUCUCAAAAAAGGUGUUUAAAUCAAACUCAGAAUCAUGUUACACAGAAAAUAAAUCAGGAGAUGAAAUAGGAACUGAUUUAAACUAUAGUGAUGAAAAGUUUUAUGAAUAUAGUUACUCGGACCCCGAGUCGCAGGAGUUGCUCUGGGAAAGCUUGGAGUGGUUUGUUAACGUCCUAGAAGAAUUAAAUCAGUUUCAAUCACUAGGAUUCGGAGUGACGUUUCUGAUGAGUAAAUUGAAGGUGUUGGUUGAGAAAGUAAAGGAAAAUGAAUCACCGAAAGUAUCGCAAAACUUAGAGUACUCGAAGAACAUGGAGAAUAUAAGAAGGUGGAUAGAUUUCAUAAAUGUGUUCAGAGACGCAAAUAACUCGAUAUACACAACGUACACGCUGCUGGAGAUCAUGGAGAUGAAGCUGGCACACAUCAAGUGUAAGCUGAUAAGAAUGCUGCAGCUGAAACAAAGCAAUAAGUGGAAGCUGAUGGGAGCAAGCAUGGGAAUGUCAAGUCCACGGUCGAGUUCACAGGACCACGUCGAGAACACGCCGAUAAACACGCCCUCAAGCACGACGACGGUCAGUAGCGACAAGGGAGACGACGGUAUAUUGUGUGAAAUAUGGGACGAACAGCUGAAGAAGAUGCAACUACUAGUGUUUAACAAGUUUAGACACUACCUAAUAAAUGUAAUAGAGCAGCUUAGGCAGCUGUAUCCGAGUUGUAACUACUACCAAAUGAUACAGUUUAUAGUGUAUAGUGAUCUGAAAGUACAAGUUAUAGGAGGAGAUGACGCUGGUAACACCAAUGGUGAUAGUGACGUUAGUAAUUUCAAUGAUGGCAAUGAUGAUAUAAAAAAUGAUAUCAAUGAAGUAUAUAAAGACACAGAGGAGAUUUUGAAGAAUUUGGAAAAAUAUUAUUCGUCGAGGAACAUGAAUGAAGAAAAGGUUGAAAGUUAUGUGAAAAGAAUAGUGGACUUGAAUAGAAGACUGAUACCGAAGUUUGUGAAGAUAAAUAGUAAGUUGCCAAUAUACUACGAAGGGUACCUGAACGCAUUGGUGUGUAACAACAUACAGGACGGAGUGUUCCAGUUGAUAUCAUCUAAUGAACAAGGUAACUACAAGGAAGGGCACAAGGAAAAGGAAAAUUAUAGUGAAGAAGGAUUGGAAUAUAAAAGUUGGAUGCAAAAAAUAAGUGUAGUUAAGCUGCUGAGUAAGACGAAUUUGGAAGUAGUAGAUGUGGUGAGGUGCUCAUUUAACGGAGAAAGAAAGUUGGUAGUAUUUACGCAAGGGUCAAUGAGGGAUCUGUUUAGUACGAGCGGUAGCAUGGGAGGAAGUAGCUACAAGGACUACAAAGAGACGUACAAGGAGUUGUACAGGGACAGCAUAAUCAUAAAGAAUGACAAGGAGCAGGGAGCGGAAGGAGACGAUGAGAUAUCAAGUAGCAUAUACUUCUGCACCGAUAACCUGAACGAAGUGGCAAACAGAGAAAUCGAAAAGGUGAUGAUAAGCAUGCUCCCGAACUUUAAUUGGUACCCGAAGUUUAUGAAGUACCAGCACAACUAUCAGAGUAGGCAGACCGACCACAACUACAGGACGGAGUACGAAUUUGAAAACAUAGACGAGGAGGUGAGAGAAGGAGCAGGAACGGACUACAUAGAGUACAAGAGUCUGGAGGAGAAGAUAUGGUCGAACAGGCUUAACAUGUUCAACAGCGUAAACGAAAGAAACAUAAGGAACAUGCUGCUGGGAAGAAACAACAACUUGGCAAAAAGAGUCGAGUACGAGUCGACAAACCUGUUGGUUAAUAAUAAGGUGCCAUUUAAGGUACUGCUGGACUACAAUAACUACAUACCAAUCAAGUACACGUAUAACGAGCCGGAUAGUAGCAAAGAGGAGUGUGAAAAGGGGAAUGGCAGAAGCAAUAGUAGUGGAACCAGUGGAACCAGUGGUGACAGUGAUAAUAAAAAAAAUAAUGCAGACGACGACAAUGAUUGGAUAAUAAGGUUAUUCAACAGUAAUACAAAUAAAAUAUUUAAAAGUAGAUGCAUAGAUAUAGAGGUGGAAAGUGACCUGUUCCCAGGAUUUUACCUGUUCAACAACUAUAAAUUAAACUGCUUUAUACUGCCGAUACACGAAAAAAGGUUCCAAACACAGGAGACGUUUCAAAAUUUUAGUAAAAUGGUACAGAAUAAAAUAGACUUGAUAUACCCACCGUAUCUACAGCAGGUGAAUAAAAUAAUGAGUGAUUCUAGCAACGGUAAUAGUUGCAACAGUGGUAACAGUAGCAAAGAUGAAUUGGGUGGUAAAUUCACAGGCAAUUACGGAGAUUUUUUCACAACCUAUCACACUAAUUUGAUAGUAGGAAGCAAGGAUAAGAUGAUAAUCAACCUGGUGUUUCACCUGGUCUGCUGCGACACGAGCAUGGACGACGACGUGAACCCAAUCGAGUACGCAGAGGACACGGAGGUGAUACUGAAUCACGUAAAGAAGAUGGAACCGGUGUUUAACGGGCUGAGCAGAAUACUGGCAACAUGUAGCAGGAGGAACAUACAGACGAUACACCUGCCAGCGUCGCUGAAGUGCUGCUACAAAGUUAACCAGUACAACAGCAGCGCAAUCCAGGGGGACUUUCAAGCACACGCAACCAGUAGAGGCAGCCACCUGAACACCCAGUUGAGUCUCGGGACUGGCGCGGGCAGCAAGGAGGGAGUUCUCGAGUGCAACCACGACUACGUGAGGUGCCUGGCGGUGGUGUCGCACCUGGCCUCGCUACUGAACAAGAACAAGUGCGCGGUAAACAACAUCAACCUGAUCUUCCCGCAGCACCUGAAGCGGACGCUACUGCCGAAGACGGCAGCAAACAUAUUCACGACCAGAGUGAACAUGUUCUGA